UUCUGUCAGUUCAAUAUUCGACGACUGACUGACCACACAUAAAUAUAAAUAAUUUUGGGGCGAAUUAUGAAUUGCCAAAAUGGCAAUUUAAGUACUGCCAACCUAAAAUCGGGUAAUGAGUCAAGAAAAAGCGAUGACUUGGUCAACGACAUUGUGGACGAUAUCUUGCAGUUGCGUCGUGGUCACUAUGAGGAAUCCGGUUCGGAAGUUGACUCGCAACCCCUUUCUCACUCCUCAAAGUGCUUUGUAGACAGACGAUUGCAGUACUGGAAAAAUAUGUUGCGCCAACGUCGCAUACUGCAAAAAAGACUGACACAGGACAUAGGCAAACAACCCCAAAAGAUUCUCUUCAAUAUGGAUUAUCGAAAACAUCAAACUAUAAGACGAACUCUGUCUCCUGACUGUGCGGAGUGCUUAGAAAUUGUGGGAGUACCUAGACGAACCACCCAAGAGUUACUGGGUGAAGAGGGAACUAGGAGUUCAGAAGUAAGCUCUGAUCAUUAUCCAAAGUCUUCUCCAGUUAUUAAAAAGCUGGAGGUAAUCGGAAGAAAUUGCUGGAGCAAAAUGCUACUUGGAAGUGAUUCUUUGCACACUAUAUCCAGUGUAACGUCAAAUACAAUGCGCUUACAUUCAACUCCGUACUCUACGCAAAAUAGGGGCACAAUGACAGCAACGUUAUCAGCCAUUAUCAAUGGCAUACAUUUUAGUCUAAACGAUCCAGGUUAUUCGCCGAUACUUGAAAAGAUGUUUGUCUGCACUCCCUUUGAAAACUUUUUGCGCACUAUAAUAAUUAUUGAGAAUAAUGGUCAGCGACCUAUUAAUUUCUACUGGAAAUCCUCGCAGUUCUUUGCCUACAAUGACACACUUAUGACUGGUACGGGAGAUGAGUUUGUAUUUGAUACGGAACCAUUUCAGCUACGAUCGGGAGAAAUUCGCAAGGUUAAUGUGUUGUUUCGACCGAUUAAAGUGGGCAUAGUUAAGCAACGCUGGAUGCUCACAGCCAAGCCCAAAAUAUUCCAAGCUCAUCCCUACGCUCUUACUUUGGAUAUGCAUGGCAGAUGCAAGCCACCAUUGGAGUAUAUGGAACGGAUAGAUAGCAUGAUGAAGGUUCCUAUUCGAAAGUGUAGGCGCUUCUCUGAAAUGCACAGGCUCACUCGAUCUCUUCCACCAGAUGAGGACACUGGAUUAUGUCCCUUUACUCGGGAGAUCGAGGAGAGGGAGGCGUUCAAUCGACGCAAUGUUGGCUUCCACUGUGAUCGUGUUACUGACUUGUGUGUUAUCAAAGACUUCUUUGAACAAGUCAAGCCCAAAACAUAUGACAUUCCGUGGGACUUUAGCGUUAGCAUGCUGAUUCAUUUGGUGUGUUGCAAUGAGCAGCAAUCACAGCGUAUUGCGCUCUUCGCUGAGCUAAAGACUCUCUUAGACAAUUUGCGUGGCAGAUCAUUGCCUCUUAGCUUAAGCGAUGAACCAACAAAAUUAGCAGAGCGUCGACGUACACGAUUUAUUUAUGUGCGUGGCGUUAUUGCCAACAACAUUGAGCUGUGGGAGGAAAAGAUCUGGGCACUAGGCGCCCAGAUGCUGAAGACCGGCCAGUUACAGGGUCUGAUAUAUUCAAAGCGACUUCGAGACUCAAUAUAUAUUUACACCUACGAACAGCUGUGCAAUGUUGUCGAGGAUAUUGUAUCUGUUAUUGAAAGCACUGAGCAUGUAUAA